AUGGCCCGACCCCACGACUUGGAUCCCACCCACAUUCCAGCUUUUGUGAAACCGCUAGCUCCUUACGUCAAGCCCCGUCAGGAAGCUCUGCGGAUCCGACAAGCCCUGACAGCUUAUCUGCGGUCAUUCAUUGUGUUUGCGGACGAUGCAAACCAGUCGAACCAUCUUGCCCAGUCCCACCUGGCCCUCUGCGCCCCAACCGACGCCGUCGUCGACGUCAAACGUUUCCCCGCCGACCUCCCCGGAAUCCGAAAGGAAUAUUUGAAGGCGCUGCAGGCCAAUGUCGCGGCCCGGAAGAACCUUCGCACGGUGUCCCAGAAUGUUGCCUCGCUGAGACAGGAGAGAGUGUCUCGAACUCGUCCGUCGAACGAGGACAGCCCGCAAGAACCCGGCGCCGACCUGCGAGGCUACCUGUUGUUGUUGCGCGAUCGACGCCGUCAUACCAAACUACAGGUGUUUCAACACUACCUCGAGGAUAUCAAGACGCAGGAUGGAGUCGAUGAGGCAGCCAUUGGCACGGGGGAGGACCUGAGCCAAGAAUUGUUGCCAGAUGAUCCCAAGGCAGACGGAUCGGAUCGAAAUGGUACCGGCGGUCUGGAAGAACUGGUGCACCAACUCGAGCGUGCGGUAGUGCGUGCCAGGACUCAAUUGGAUCGGGAGAAGCAAUUAUUCGAGCAGGUCAAGACACGGCACGACUCCCGUACAACACCUGCGGGGAAUGAGGUGCCACCCGCCGUCAAAGUCCAAGCCCUGCAGCGUACCCGUGAUGAACUCGUGCAGUGGGUCGAGGAACGGCUAGUCAGCGAAGGCGAUCCCGAGGAGAGCCUCCUGCAAGAUUUGCCUUCGGAAGGGAUUGAAGAGGCCCAGCGUUUACUGGAAGAGUGCAAAUCACAAAUUCAAGAGCAAUAUACCGCCUAUCUCCAGGCUCGGCGAGAGCUGCUAGAUGCUGCAUCCCGCGCCUGUCAACCUGUGACCGUGACCACAAAACCAUCAACCCGAUCAACUCAUCAACCUGAACUUCUUACAGAAGAAGCACCGCCGCCGAACCCCCUGGACGUACUCUCGUACACCAGCGAAACCCUCAUGCCACUCUCCAAGAGUCACAAGGCACUAGCCCUACAGAAAUCCUAUCUCGCCGGCCUGCUGGCCAAAGAAAAAUCCACUACCCUACGCGUCUUGAACCGGCUGAGCGACGAGAGCCAUCUUCUUCCCGAAUAUCCGUUGCUCGCACGCCAGCCGCGCUUCAAGCACGCCGUUGCUGCCCUCAAUACUCGCCAGCAGACCGAGCAACCGGACCAGAACCGCGCAGACGAGGUAGUAGCUCUUGCAGACGCGUGGGCAUUUGCGUCUGGUGUGGCCGCUGCGAAUGAGCGUGACUACGUACAACAGAAGGUCACUCUGGGCGUUGAGGUUGCUCACGAUGCACGGAAGACAUUGGGCGAGAUCUACAGCACACUCUAUCAGGAUUUGGAGGAGGCCAUGCAGGAAAACGCGGGGCAGCAGCAGGAAGUCUCUGAUAUCUGGGCGUCCGAAGCUCGCUCGACUCGGCCAAGGAAACCCAGUGGGUCUCGGACGGAGCGACGACCCAAGGGCCCAUGGUCGGGCUUGAAUGCUAAAGUGGGAGUGGGCGAGUGA